AAAGACUUUAACUGCGGCAAAUAACUAUUUUGUCCAUGUUUGAGCUAUGGUUUCUGUGGGUAUUACAUCUGUCAGGUUCCGGAACUGUGGUCAUUGUGCGAAAACUCAGUUUGCAAACCUAACCUUUCCCCGGCUGCUGUGGAAAGUCCAGCAAACUGAAAAGGGAGCGGCGCACUUUCUGCGUGUUUCGUGGCUGCAGACACAUUUCAGGAAGAGGAUGGACGUUUCUAUCACAUCUAGUUUGAAACAAUGGAGGAACUGAGCAAAGCAAAUUACCAUUUCACCCUUGACCUAUUCAGAGAGCUGAUUGAAAGAAAUCAAGCAGGCAACAUCUUUUUUUCUCCAUUCAGCAUUACCACUGCAUUGGCCAUGGUUUAUCUUGGUGCAAAAAAUAAUACUGCCUCCCAAAUGGCAAAGGCUCUCCAUUUUGAUCAUGUUGGGGAUCUGCAAUCUGCUUUCCAGAAAAUGCAAUUGGAAGUUAAUCGAGCUGAUGUUUCAUACUUGCUUAAAGUGGCCAAUCGAAUGUAUGGUGAAAAGACCUAUCAUUUCCUAGAUGAAUUCUGUAAGUCCUGCAAAAACUUCCAUGGUGCAGGCUUGUCUGCAGUUGAUUUCAGAACCUCUGCAGAUGAAGCUAGACAAGAGAUCAAUAAGUGGGUGGAAGAGCAGACAAAGGGUAAGAUCCAAGACUUGCUGGCUUCGGGUACAGUUGGUAGUGACACCAGACUGGUGUUGGUGAACGCCAUCUACUUCAAAGGAAGUUGGGCUGCAAAGUUUGAUGAACAAUACACAGAGGAAAUGCCAUUCAGACUGAACAAGAAUGAAAGCAAGCCAGUGAAAAUGAUGUAUCAGAAGGAUAAGUUCCGCAUCUGUCACAUUCCUGAAGUUAAUAUCAAAAUUCUUGAGCUUCCAUACGUUGAGAAAGACAUGAGUAUGAUCAUCUUGUUGCCUGAUGACAUCAUGGAUGACGCGACAGGUCUUAAAAAGCUGGAGCAGACACUUACUCUAGAAAAGCUACAAGAAUGGACACUUCAAACCCAGAUGCAAAAAAUCACAGUAUCAGUGCACUUGCCUAGAUUUAAAAUGGAGGAUAACUUUGAGCUCAGUUCUGCUCUUUCCUCUCUUGGGAUAACGGACCUUUUUGACAGUUCGAGGGCAGAUCUCUCUGCAAUUUCUGCAGCUCGUGACUUGUGCGUGUCUAAGGUUGUUCAUAAGUCUUUUGUGGAGGUGAAUGAGGAAGGAACUGAGGCAGCAGCUGCUACAGCAGUGGUGGCUGUACUCUGUUCGUUGCAGUUUGAGGAGGUGUUUACUGCUGAUCACCCUUUCCUCUUCUUCAUUAGGCACAAUAAAACAAAUAGCAUUCUUUUCUUUGGUCGAUACACUUGUCCCUAAAUACUUGACUAACUGUAAGUAAUGGGGGCAAAUAAAAUAAUAAUGAUAAAUUUGUACUUGACCAGAGGAAUAAAUGGAAAUGUUCAAAUUGACCUUUUUAAUAAGCAUGUUUUGAACAACAAAUUUUAAGUGCCAAACCUUUUGGGGGGGGGGGGGGGGGAUCUCAAAUCGUGGUGGUUUUGGAAUCUGAAAAUAGAUUUAUCACUCACUUAAAACUAAUCUCAUUAUAGCUUGUGUCAUCAAUAAAUUAACAAUAUGACUGGACUUGUAUUAACUACAAUCUUCACUAACUUGAAGAUUCGUUUAUAGUUACAAUGAUGAUCCAUCUGAUUCAUUAACGUGCUUCAGGGGAGGAAAUCUGCCUUUUUUUUUGGUCCCAGUUAGCCUAGCAAUGGCAUUAACUGGCUACUCAGUUCAGGGCCAAUUAGGAAUAGAAAUGCUGAUAUUACCAGAGAAGUCCACAUUCUGUGAAGGAAUAAAUUAAAGAAGAAAAACUUGUAAAAUGUACUGCAGAAUGUUAUACUUGCUACUUCUUAUCUGACUUUGUUCACAAAGCUGUGAAUAUCAUAUAAAUGAUAAUAGCAGCUAGAGUUUCCUUCACUUUUCCAGUUUGAAUUUGGCCUUCACCACAGUAUGUACUAUCACAUAUCAACUUGUACAUGAAAUGGUCGAUCAUAAAGACGCCCAUUGAUUCAGUCUGAAGAAAUUCUGCCCAAGGCACACUGUUACAGCGGAGGAAACAAGAUCCCUAGAUGGGAAAAAAUGCAUUUUGCAUUUUAAAAAAAACAAUAAAUGGAAAGGGGUAUAGGCCUGAACAAAUCACUUAUUAUUGUAGUAAAUCCUGCAACAAGAACUGGGAUGGAUAACUUUCAACUUACAAAUUCUAUCUGGUGCAGAGAUCUAAUAUGUUUGGGUGAAAGCAUGAUCAAGAUGACAGUGCCACUACACCCCAAGAGUAAACUUUGGAAAAAUAGAGUUAUAAUUGCUACGGUUAGAUUGUGAUGUUAGCAUUGAUUGUUUUUAAACUCUGACUGGCAGUUAAAAUACGCAGCAGUUACAAGCUGGCAUAACAAGAUUCUACUUUAAAAAUAAGCAAGAGAAGAAUGGGUAGGCUAUUUUGUCCCUUGUACCAGUUAUGUCAUUCAUUAAGAUCAUGGCUGAUUGCUUGGCUAAGGGCCACUUUCUGCACUAUUAUCCGAUGCCCCUUGAAACAGUUUCUCUAUAUUAUAAUGCUGUUGAUUCUAUUACUUCAUUACUUUUAAUGUUGCAGUUGCAUUAAAACAAGUUAACAAAUGCCCUUUGUUAGGAACGUUUAAACUUGGGUAUAUCAUUAAUCCCUUUUAAAACCAGUCUCAUUUCUGUACACACUGUUGCUUAAUUGAAAGAAGAUGAGGGGGUUAAGCAAUGAUUUGUUAUCUUUAUAGACCUUUAGUGCUGUUGAUGACUCAUUGUUUGAUUAGUCAUUAAAUAGUCAUUGCAUUACUCAUUGAAUAUGCAUUGUAUUGUCAUGGGUACAAUGAAAAACAUGACAUUAAAAGCAUUUAACCUC